AUGAGAGGGUCGCAGGAUGUCUUCAAAGAAAUGGAGUUGGAUCCUGAUGUGGGCAAGAUGAGGCCUGACCAGCUCAAUAUUACGGAAGAUCCAUACUUCAUUCUUGACCUCGACAUUGAUUUCGAUCUUGCAGCCUUCGGAAUCCCUUCUGAUCGGUCGACUGCGACUGGUUCAUUCUCCCCGCGACCCCUACUGUCGAGUCAGUCGAGUCUGCACAUCUACGAUGACGAGGAACCCGGCCUUGAAAUCCCUCCACUGGAUACACCUGGCAGCUUCGGCAGAGUUGAUGUGGAUCUGGGCGCAGCAACAAGCUCAGGCUGGCCGUCCGGGAGUCGAGCGGCGCAACCUCCUUCAGUGUUUGACGAGGAGCCUGCUAUUAUUGAGGAUCCGGUGUUUGAUAUAGACGACAAUGGGUUCCUUCAGCCCGCAAUGUCGGUGGACUUUAGGGGUAGUGACAUCGAAAAUGAUGGAGGACAAGGAUCUGCAAGCGAGAUGUUUGGGAUUGGAAGCAUUGGCACUGGGCAGGAAACUGUCAUGUCAGGAGACACACCAAUGCAACAAGUCAUCGCCGUCGAUGUCGAUUUGCCGGUGUUUGCCGACGACGAUCACAUACCAGCUCAAGCAGCCCUGAUGACUCCCCAGCCCGCCGUGGGUGAAGACCAGGCAACAGGACAUCCUACCUCCUCUGUCCAUCCUGACAAUCAAUCGGAAGAGGUGUCUGAGGAGGUGGAAGCGCCACAGCGACGAGCACGACCUGUAAAAUCCAUUCGGCCAGACCAGCGAACCGAACUGAGCAACCGGGACCUCAAUGAGUGGAAUGAAAACUAUCUCGCCAACAUGGCAGCUGCUCUGCGCAGUCGCCGAAUCCAGACAUCACGUCAUGAAGCGAAGAAGAAUGCGGAAUUUUGGCUCCUCCGCCAGGGAAUCGGAAAUGUCGCGACCACCUUUGGGAACGAGCGAGUACCACACCCACUCGGCGUGUUUAGUGGUCAAUCACUGUGGGAAAUGCUGAGAGGCCCAGAUACAGGCACGAAAAGAUCUCGCAGUAGUUCCCUUGCUGACAGCGAUGGAGCCGAGAACGCGAGAAGAGUGAAAGCCAGAACCGCGUCGCAAGAAGAAGUCGCUCGUGGCGACGAGAACGAUGGCUUGAAUUUCGGUGAUGAGGAAGACCUCAUGCUUCAGGGAGAUGACGUCAACAUUGAAAGUGAGGUUGGUCGACAUGCACCUCCAUCGCUGCCAGACCGUUCCUCCGGCAUGCCUUGGAACAUAUCGGGAUCCCGUCCCAGCUCAAUGCAACCACUACAUAGACUCCAGUCGAGCGCUGAUAGCCUUACCGGCGGUGUGGAACUGGGGCCUCCUUCCGGUUUCGGCAGACGAGGGACUCGUUUCACUUCCGCCAGUCCACUGUUCGGGAAAGGUCGGUCCCUUUCCAGACUCGGCAGCCAGGAGGCGACGGAGGUGUCACGACUUACUAGCAAUGAAGAAGACUCUGCUGGUCUGGACAUGCAGCUAGGUGCUGAUAUCGACCUGGAUUUCGAGCUCUACGGUCCCUCCGCACACGUCGACACCCAGACAGCAGCACAGAGUCAGUGGAUUGCUGAGACACUGGAGAACGAAGCAUACAACUUUCUCACGUUUGUCAAUACCAAGAUACAGACCUUGAUGGAGGAAGACCAAGAACGUGAAAAUGUCACCUUCGACGAACUCCUUCCACCGACACAGAAUUCUCAGGUUGUAGGUGCUCAGGCUCUUCUUCACGUGUUGGCACUAGCGACCAAGGGACUACUCGCAGUGUAUCAAGCGGAACCAUUUGUCGAGAUUGAGCUUGCCGUUGUCAGCCAUUAA